CGGGUUAGCCCAGUUGAGUGCUGGCUUCGCAGUAGAACGGUGUGGCCAAAAUGCUUAGCUGCUUCCUAAUCCCGCUGGUGCUGCUGGCCCCUGCCGUUUUAGCCUUCUUCGAGGGCUGCGACAACUCCUACACCCUCAGUCCAGGGACCACCUACGUUGAGUCGCCCUACUAUCCCAGCAACUAUCCUGGCGGAACGUCAUGCCGGUACAGGUUCACCGCUCCCCUGGACUACUACAUUCAGGUGCAAUGUACUGUUGCACUGCCAUCGAGCAAUGGUCAGUGUACCUCGGAUAAUUUUUGGCUGGACCCAGAGGGCGAUCUUCUGAUGCGCAGUGCUGAAAAUUUCUGUGGCUCCGGAACCUUUACCCGGGAAUCCCUCUUCACGGAGCUGGUCUUCGCCUACAUCUCCACCGGCGCGAAGGGGGGGAGCUUCAAGUGCACCCUGACCACCACCAAGCAGAACUGCAACUGCGGCUGGUCGGCCACGGCGCGAAUCGCCAAUGGCCAGGAUGCGGCGGCCAACGAGUACCCCAGCUAUGCGGCCCUCAAGGAUGCGACCUCGGGCACAGCAUCCUUCUGCGGGGGAACCAUAGUUUCCCAUCGUUAUAUUCUGACUGCUGCCCAUUGCGUCUACAUGGUCAACAAGGCUACAGAUGUGGUAGCUAUUGUAGGAACCAAUAGCUUAAAAAGCCCUUCCAGGUACUACCGACAAUACGGUAUAGUUCAGAUGAUACCCCACGAGCAGUACGUGAGCGAUCCAGUGAACAACGACAUAGCGGUUUUGAUAACAGCUGAUAAUAUUCAGUGGUCACGGGGCGUAGGUCCCAUCUGUCUGCCUCCUCCGGGAACCACCUCCCCUUUUAGCUACGACAUCGUCGAUGUGAUCGGCUUUGGAACUACCAAAUUCGCUGGACCCACAGCCGCGAGUCUGCAAAAGGUCAACCUAAAUGUGGUCUCCAACCAGGACUGUCAGACGGAAUACAAAAAUGUGGCCACCAUAUACAGCGGACAAAUGUGCACAUAUGAUUAUUCUGGAACGGGACGGGACUCCUGUCAAUUCGAUUCCGGUGGUCCAGUUAUCCUGCGGAAAUCCAAGCAGUUUUUGGUGGGAAUAAUCAGUUUUGGAAAGAACUGCGCGGCCUCGCAGUAUCCGAUGGGUGUGAAUACCAGAAUAACAACGUACAUGUACUGGAUUCGCCAAAAGAUUGGAAAUUCUAACUGCGUGGUCAGUUUGUAGUGUAGAUUAAAGGCUAGGACAAGUACUGAAAUAUUUGGAAUGUGCACGAUUUUAAAAAUAAAGUAUACAAAAUUUCAUAAGACAAUA